UGAUCAUUUUCUGUUCCAGUUUUGAUCAAGAUUAGAAUUGUACCAUUUUUUUUGAAGGGAGGAAAUAUCGUACUGUUACAUGAAUUCAAGGAUCCGCACUCUUCCAGAUUUAAUGCAGGAAAAUGAGACACUAACAACUUUCCUUGGAUUAAAUGGAAAUACAAAUUGUAAGAAAAUUAUUUCAAGUGAACACACAAGCUAAUAAUUUUGGCCUUAUUGACAAAUGAACAUAGACACAUCCAAAUUAUAAAAUUUUCUAUCUUUCAAAGGAUGAUGGUAUUCAUGCUGAUAUUCAAUGAUGCUUUAGUUGUUCUUUCGAAAUCAAGCUUUGUUCAUUUCAAGAACACCUCUACCCCGAUAUAACGCUGUCCUCGGGAGCCAAAAAAUCUUACUGUGUUAUAGCCCAGGACGACACAGACAUCAGAAGAUUUCACUGAAAAGAUGCUAAUGUUUGAUCCAGUCCCUAUCAAGCAAGAAGCCAUGGAACCUAUUUCAGUGUCAUACCAGUCCAAUUACAUGGACCAAAUGAAGCCAAACAAAUACAGUGUCAUUUAUCCUACCCCAAAUAUGUUGCACAAUAAAUUCUAUCAAACCCCAGAAGGACUAUCUAAUGGAAUCCAAAUGGAGCCAGUUGACCUUACAGUGAAUAAACGAAGCUCACCACAUUCAGCUGGAAGUUCUCCUUCUCCUCUGAAAUUUCAGACUGUACAUAGAAGAGCCUCACCUGGAUUAACUUUGUCCUCACCCAGCCCACCUAUGAAAAAAUUCACUCCACCACCUCCCCCAGGAGUUCAACCUUUUUCCAUGCCAUUAACAAUCCCUCCAGUAAUGGCUGCUCUUUCACGCCCUGGACUUAGGAGCCCUGGGAUACUUCCAAUUAUACAGCCACUUGUGGUCCAACCUGUUCCUUUUAUGUAUGCUCCACAUCUCCAGCAACCUAUAAUGGUGUCUACUGUUCUUCCAGAAGAGUUGGAAAAUCCAAGUAGCAUGCAAGUGCCUGUAAUUGAAUCUUAUGAGAAGCCCACAUUAAAGAAAACAAUCAAAGUAGAACCGGGAAUUGAAUCACCAAGGACCGAGUUCUAUCCUGAACAAAUGUCUCCUCCAAUGAUGACUUCCUUGUCUCCUCAGCAAAUAAUGUUGCAAGAGAAUCACCCUUCAGUUAUAGUUCAGCCGGGAAAGAGACCUUUACCUGUGGAAUCUCCAGACACACAAAGGAAACGCAGAAUACACAGGUGUGAUUACGAAGGUUGCAACAAGGUCUAUACUAAAAGCUCCCACCUAAAAGCUCACAGAAGAACGCAUACAGGUGAAAAGCCAUACAAGUGCACCUGGGAGGGAUGCACGUGGAAGUUUGCUCGUUCUGAUGAACUAACACGACAUUUCCGUAAACAUACCGGAAUCAAACCCUUCCAGUGCCCGGACUGUGACCGUAGUUUCUCACGCUCGGACCAUCUUGCUCUCCACAGGAAACGCCAUAUGCUAGUCUGAAUGUCUCUUGUCCCUCAGCUGCCCAUCACUUUCUUUUUUACAUGUGCAUUUUAAUUUGGAUUCAGCUGGUCUGAAUCUCUGCGCUUACACAAUUAAAAGCUUCCAUAUGGUCAGUAAUAGAUGUUAUCUAACCCUGCUAUGUCCUUGCCACGGGUCAGACCUAAAGAAUGUGAACAUUUUUUUUUCUAGGGAUGCUAAGCAAACCCUUCCUGCAGACAGUAUGUGUAAUGUAUUCCUUUGUGAAUAAGGGAAUUUGUAAACUAGCAACUUUGUUGGUUUUGCCAUAUAAUCAGCCAGCAUAAAUUGAUCAACUAGUAAAUGUUAUUGAA